AUGAAAAAUAGUUGUGAAGAAACAAAAAUAAUUGUGUUUGGUCGCAAAAAAAUUGGUUUUUUAAAUGCUGGGUCGCUUGGGACGGGCCAUGAUGAGCUCGUGGUGGCAAUAGAUCGUCAUCGACUCGAUAUACUGGCAUUAAAUGAAACUUGGCUUAAAGAGGGCGAGGAGGGACGAGCGCCUAUAGUUCCUGGUUACCGUCUACGUCACAAGCCUCGGCCCGUCGCAGCAUCCCGAAGUCGUGGGGGUGGGGUCGGAUACUAUAUUAAAAAAGGCAUAUCUGUAGAGGUAAUAUCGCAUCCAGAAAACCCGAUCGUCGAACAGAUGUGGGUAAGUACCAGAGUUAAAGGUAAACGUAUCAUCAUCGGCACCGCUUAUCGGCCACCUUGGUUGAAGGCACGUAUCUUCUUGGACGCACUCACAGAUACUUUUGCUUCGCUGACGAGUUACGACCACAUAUUCCUGCUUGGUGAUUUUAACAUAAAUAUUUUGUGUAAAAGCAGUUCGCUGACUCGAAUGUUAUAUGAAUUUUUGAAAGUUACUAACAUGCAACAGUAUGUAGAUUCCCCUACACAUUUUACCAGUCAUAGUGAGACCCUGAUUGACCUCAUAUGUUCUAAUACACAGCCAAUAGGAGUACGAGUGGAUUAUGUGUGCUCACUUAGUGAUCAUGCUAUACUAUCCUGUGAAGUUGGUGUCCGUAAAGAUACAAAACAUAGCAAUCGCAUUCACUUUAGGCAACUAAAAGGUAUAAACGAUAAUGAAUUUUCUGAAUUAAUGAAUAUUAUAGGGUGGCCUGAGGUGCAACCGACAGAAGGUGUUGAUUACAUGACAUCAGAUCUUAAUGACAAGAUACUAAAGGUAUUUGAUAUAUUAUCACCAUUAAAACUACGCCAUUUUAAAGACGUUGGUUAUCCUUGGAUUACAUACAACAUAAAGUUAAUGAUGAAGAAACGAGACGAGGCUCACAAGAGGGCGCGGUCGACUAAAUCUGAGAAUCAUAUUGUUUUUUAUAAAAAUCUCAAACGUACGGUUCAAAGUGCGAUUUACAGAGAGAAAUGUGUAUACUACAAAACUUUUAUAAACAAUAACUUGAAAAAUUCCGCAUAUUUAUGGAAAAAUCUAAAGCGCUAUGUAGCAUUUAAGACUAAAAAAAAGCCAUAUUUUGCCAUCAAGUCUUAG